GUCUGAAACUCUAGUCCAGUCUUAAUCACACAAUCCUCGUGUAAACGCUGUAAAACAAGUGAACAAGUGAACUAAGAAUUAGAAAUAUAGAAAGAUAGAAAAUUGCAAGGUGCAGGUUUGCGCCGUCUUUCGAUAUUUAGGAGAAUAUUUGAAGAAUGACGACGUUGAACUCUCUUUUCUCCUUCACUAGUCCAGCAGUUAAACGUCUAUUGGGCUGGAAACAGGGAGACGAAGAGGAGAAAUGGGCUGAAAAGGCUGUGGAUGCGUUAGUAAAGAAAUUGAAGAAAACAAAAGGAGCAAUUGAAACAUUAGAACAGGCCCUCUCCUGCCCUGGACAACCCAGUAAAUGUGUUACUAUUCCCAGAUCUCUUGACGGCAGAUUACAGGUGUCCCACAGAAAAGGUUUGCCCCAUGUAAUCUACUGCCGAGUAUGGAGAUGGCCUGAUCUACAAUCUCAUCAUGAACUCAAACCUUUAGAAAUAUGCGAGUUCCCAUUCACAAGUAAACAGAUGGAGGUGUGCAUAAACCCAUAUCAUUAUAAGAGAGUAGAGUCCCCUGUCAUGCCUCCAGUUUUGGUUCCGCGGCAUUCAGAGUUUGCACCAGGUCACUCUCUACUCCCCUAUCAGCAGAUACCUGAACCCAAUAUGCCUCAUAAUGUUUCAUUUAACCAGAAUGGGUAUCCUGGUCCUCAUAGUCCAUAUAACCCUGGACCACAUAGUCCCAUCUCAGUACCUAGUCCUGGCAGUACUGUAUCAAACCAUACAGGUAAUCCACACUCUCCCUUCUCUCUAGGCCCUGAAACCCCUCCACCCGCCUAUUCACCUCAUGAUGACGGUAGCAGCGGAGAGCGCCCGCCGGAUGGAUUAAAUAUGGAGACAGAUAACAGUCCUCAUGCUGAACCUGUACCUUACCAGGAGCCCGUGUACUGGUCUAGUAUAGCCUACUAUGAGUUAAACAGUAGGGUAGGUGAGGUGUACCACGCUAACACUCAUAGCAUCAUCAUUGACGGGUUCACCAACCCUUCAAACAAAAACAACAACAGAUUUUGUCUGGGUCAGCUCUCAAAUGUCAACAGAAACUCAACGAUAGAGAACACAAGGCGGCAUAUAGGUAAAGGUGUACACCUGUAUUAUGUUGGUGGCGAGGUGUACGCUGAAUGUUUAUCUGAUUCUGCAAUCUUUGUACAAAGUCGGAACUGCAAUUACCAUCAUGGAUUCCAUCCAACCACAGUUUGCAAAAUACCUCCUGGUUGCAGCCUUAAAAUUUUUAACAAUCAGGAAUUUGCCACUCUGCUAACACAAAGUGUAAAUCACGGAUUUGAGGCUGUGUAUGAGCUCACAAAGAUGUGCACUAUAAGAAUGUCCUUUGUCAAGGGCUGGGGAGCUGAAUAUCAUAGACAGGAUGUAACAUCUACGCCAUGUUGGAUUGAGGUUCAUCUCCAUGGUCCUCUGCAGUGGUUAGAUAAAGUUCUAACCCAGAUGGGAAGUCCUGGAAAUCAUAUUUCAUCUGUUUCGUAAACUAAACAGAAAAUAAAAGAUUUUAUAGAAAAAGGCUGAUGACCCUGUUUUUCAGUGAGCAAGCUCUUUCAUCAAUUUAUCUUAAAUCAACCUUUAAUCAACUGAACCCUGCACUACACCGGACACCCGACAAUCGACAAAAUUCAGUUUAAAUAAUUAUUUUUAGUAUUAUAUGUGGUUUUAAAAACUAAUUUUAAACAAUUUUUAAAUUUAAAGCAUUUUCUGAAGAUUAAGUGUUUUGGUCAACAAAAUUAUUGUUUG